AUGGCGAAUUUGGAUCACACUCACUUCUCCGACGACGACGACAAUGACGAUUUCGAACUUCCUCUUACUCAACCUCUUUCCCUUUCCAACAAUCAACGACCAUCCAAAAAACCCAAAACCAAAACGACACCGUUUCCUGGCAAAGAGAAUAUUCCCCCUUUCUCUCCCAUUCACAAUCACAGUGACAGUUAUGAUAUCGGUAACUGUAGCUUGGAUUUCAUUUCUUCCACCUUAGAUUCUGAUGCCACAGUUCAAGGUUUAGAGUCAAAGCUGGUGGUGUCGAGAACUAACGUGUUUGGUUAUGGAGAGUCGAGUUCAAAGGGGAGUUUGCGCGAUGAAUUUGAUGGUUCUGUUGAUUGUCCUCUAUGUGGUGAUGAUAUUUCUAAUUUAACGGAGGAAGAGCGGAAUCUUCAUACCAAUCAAUGUCUUGAUAAUACCAGAGAAGAUGAUGCUCUUCCUAGUGAUGAGGUGGGUGCUCAAUUUGGGAUGAAAGACUCGCCUGUUGUUGAUUGGAUACGUGGUCUUGGGUUAGCUAAAUAUGAAGAAGUUUUUGUUAGGGAAGAAGUUGAUUGGGAUACCUUGCAAUGGCUGACUGAAGAGGAUCUCUUAAACAUGGGUAUAUCUGCACUUGGUCCCAGAAAAAAGAUUGUGCAUGCCUUGUCAGAACUUAGAAGAGGAAUGGCCCCUUCAAAUGAAAAUAAUGAGAAUUCUGGGAUAGAGCCCAGAAGGAUUAGAAAUCAGAAUGUCAGAUCGCAACAUGAUAAAUCUGAACGAAAAGUAGACGGUACUGUUAAACCAGUGGCAAACAAAUUGAUCACUCAAUAUUUUCCGGGAUUUGCUACCAAUGAGAAGAAAGUUUCUGCCCCUCCUGUAGAACAACCUGAAGUGAAAAACAGUGGCUCAGUUUCUGGUCGUAAGCGCAAAGCAAAAAAUAUGUCAAUAAGUACAAAGACUCGUGAUGUUCCUAAAUGGUGUACCAUACAAGGAACACCUUUCCGUGUGGACGCUUUCAAAUACUUAAGAGGAGAUUGUUCCCACUGGUUUCUUACACACUUCCACAUGGACCAUUAUCAAGGUCUCACCAAGUCGUUCAAUCAUGGAAAGAUCUAUUACUCCUCUGUUACAGCUAGACUUGUAAAUAUGAACAUAGGGAUUCCGUAUGAUAAAUUACAUAUUUUGCCUUUAAACCAAAAGGUUGAAAUAGCUGGUAUUGGCGUGACUUGCUUGGAUGCCAACCACUGUCCAGGUUCCGUAAUAAUACUCUUUCAACCUCCGAAUGGUCAGGUGGUACUUCACACAGGUGAUUUUCGUUAUUGUGAAGAAAUGGCAAACAACCCUUUCCUGCAGAUACGUCCUAUUAAUACUGUAAUUCUUGAUACCACAUACUGCAAUCCGCAAUAUGAUUUUCCAAAACAAGAGGCUGUAAUACAAUUUGUUAUUGACGCUAUCCAAGCAGAAGCUUUUAAUCCCAAGACUCUUUUUCUGAUUGGCAGCUAUACAAUUGGAAAAGAAAGGCUAUUCUUGGAGGUUACUCGUUCGCUUCGCAAAAAGGUUUAUGUGACUGCAGCAAAAUUACGCCUUUUACAAUGUCUAGAAUUUACUGAGGAGGAUAUGCAGUGGUUUACUUCAAAUGAGCAUGAAAGCAAUAUUCAUGUUGCCCCUAUGUGGACACUCGCAAGCUUCAAAAGAUUGAAGCAUAUAUCAAGUCAAUAUGCGAGUCGGUUCAGUCUUAUAGUUGCUUUUUCUCCUACUGGUUGGACAUUUGGCAAAGGUAAAAAGAAGUCUCCUGGAAGAAGGUGGCAGCAGGGUACUAUUAUAAGAUAUGAAGUUCCUUACAGCGAGCAUUCCAGCUUUACAGAACUCAAAGAGUUUGUAAAUUUUGUAUCUCCCAAUAACAUUAUACCAAGUGUGAAUAACGAUGGACCAGAAUCUGCGGACGCAAUGGUUUCUCUCCUGUCAACUUGAUUUGUACACUAAAAGGGGUUCAGUCUACCCUUGUAACAUCUGUGUUUGAGAGUCAGUAAGUUGCUUGAGCAAUAGGAGCAGCAGUAACUUUUUAUGCCAAUCACUUUUCAGAGGUAAACUUGAGUUUGCUGCUUUGCCAAAAGGUUGAAAUGUGAAAAGAGAAGAAAAUAUAUAUUUUA